AUGAAUUAAACCAAAGAUCUUUCUAUAAAAUGUUAAAUAGAACAUCAUCACAAUAAUCUUUAAUUAGCUUGUUUUAAUGAAUCAUGCAUUGCUAAUAGAGUUUACUGUCAUGAAUGCCUAAGAAAUGGUGAUCAUGUUGCUCAUAUGAAAGAUUAAUUAGACUUAAAAGACUUAAUAAAUUUUUUUGAAUAAAUAAGUGAAGAAAAUGAUGGCUUUUUAAAGAAAAUAAAUAAAUAAAUAGAAAAAAUCAAUUAAAAAGCUUACCAAUUAAGUUAAGGUUUAAGAAAAAAAUAUUCAUUAUCUUUUGCAAAAUUAUAAUAAUUGGAUGCAAAACAACUUAAUUAAGCUUUCAAUAAAAUAAUUGAGUACAGAAAAAUUUUAAAAACCAUGGUUGGAGAAAUAGAGGAAUGCAUUAAUCAUUUGAUUAUUUAAUUAAACUAAUAAAUAAAAGGAUUACAACUAGAAGAAUUAUAAUAUUGUGAACUAACCCAUUAAAAAAUUACAGAAGUAGAAGAAUAUUUUAGAAAAGGUAUAAGAAAUCAUAAGUUAGGUUAAAUUUUAAAGAAUGAAUAUAAAUAUGAAGAAGCAAUCUCUUAUUUUGAUAAAGCUUUAUCUCUCAAUCCCAAACAUUUAUUAUCAUUACAUGAAAAAUGUAAAUCAUUUUUUUAAUUUUUAGCUGAAAGCUUAGGAUUUAUGGAAAAUUAUCAUGAUGCGAUUUAUUGGGCAAAUAAAGCUUUAUCAAUAGAUUCAAAUCAUGUAGACUCAUUAUAAACAAAAGGUUUUGAAUAUUUUUUAUUUAAUUAGCUGAUAGUUUAAAAUUUUGCGGUAAUUACCAGGAGGCUAUAAAAUUGGCUGAAAAAGCUUUAUCUAUAAAUUCUAACCAUGUUAAUUCUUUAUAAACAAUUGGUAUAAUAAACUCAUUAAAAUAAAUAGCAAGCAGCUUAAAAUCACUUGGUAAAUAUGAUGAUGCAAUUAAAUGGGCUUAAAAAUCUGUAUAAUUAGAUCCAAGAAAUUAUAAGUCUUUAUAAAUUAUAGGUAUAUUGUAUAUCUUCAAAAUUAUAGCUGGUUGUUUAAGAACACUUGGUAAAUACAAUGAAGCAGUGUUAUAUGCUGAUAAAGCUUUAAAAAUAAAUCCAAAGCAUCUAGCUUCAUUAUAUACAAAAGGUAUAAAUACAAUUCUUAAUAAGGCGAAUCAUUAAGAAUGUAAGGUCAUUUUUAAUAAGCUAUUACAACUCUAGAUGAUGCUUUGAAAAUAAAUCCUUUAGACAGUUAAUGUCUUGCUAGCAAAGGUACAUAAAACGCUGAAUCAUUUAGGAGCAUGUUUAGAAGCACAAUUCAGAUAUUCAGAUGCAAUAGAUCAUUAUAAUAGGGCUUUAUAAUAGGAUUCAAAUUAUAUGUGGGCAUUAUAAAUGAAGGGUAUAUAUUUUUUAUUAUUAAUAUAAAGUUGAAUGUGAAAAAAAGUUGAGAAGACAGUCAGCAAUUCUGUGA